CUUAGGCGUGCUAGGUGCUAAGCAAGACCCCAACGCUCGCCUUCACACAUAUUAUUUGUAGAUGGAUAAUUCCGACGAAUCAGAAUCGUUGGUUUUCAUUUUGGGAUUAAAUGAAUCUUAUAGUUUGGGUUAGAAAUUGGGAACUGGGGUUCGGCCAGUAGAGAUUAGGGUAUGUUAUUGUUCGGUUUGAAGUCUGGAGUCUCGGCUAUAAUUUUCUUGACUAUGUCAGGUAGAGAACAAUGUGCUUAUCUCUCUUUUUGUGACGUGUACUUAAAUCUUGGUUCAGAACCUCCUGCUGUCCACCAAUGACAACAAUGGCAUACUAAAAAUGGCAGAUUUUGGGUUUGCUAGGUAAUUUCUAUCACAAUAUUCCCUUGCCACUUCUGUAUCUUUUCUGACACUUUUGAUUGUUCCGUUUGAAGAUGGUUAUUUCCAUUUCACUUUUUUUUUUUUUCGUUGGCAGGAGACUUCCAUUUCUCUAAUAUUUCAGUUUUGGAUUUUUAUUCUCCGUUCCAGAUCUCUUCAACCAAGAGGCCUUGCUGAAACCUUGUGUGGUUCACCCCUUUACAUGGCUCCAGAAAUAAUGCAACUUCAGAAGUAUGAUGCAAAGGUGAUGCUUGCUUUCACAUUUUAUGCGCUGUGUUUUGUGAACUGAGGGUAAGCACUAACCUUGCACCGGAUACGCAGGCAGAUCUCUGGAGUGUUGGUGCCAUCUUAUUUCAACUUGUAACUGGGAAAACCCCAUUCACUGGGAGCAACCAAUUGCAGGUAUGAUUAGCUUCUCUUUAUUGCCAUCGAGAUUGCAUACUAAAGUCAUGCUAUAGCUUGUCAAAAUAGAUAAUGCAGCUUUGCCGGUGAGUCUCACUUUUCUUUCUAUUACACAGUUACUCCAGAAUAUCAUGAAAUCAACUGGAUUGCAAUUUCCACCAUAAGUUAAUUUGAGUACUGAGUGCACAGAUUUAUGCUACAGAUUGCUGCGUCGAAAUCCAGGUAUCCCAUUCAUACCAACUUGAAAUGGGAAAUACCUUCUCAUGUUUACUGAAAGAGCAACUUAUAGCACCAAGUCCUAUUUGGUGUACACGGAAAAUAUUCCUCGUUAAUUUUAUCUUUCAAUCUAACAUUUAGCAGAUUUUGUGGCCUAAGAACUGGAGUAAUUACUGUAUUUGUAGACUAUUUUUUAAAGUAUCAGGUAGAGAAUCAUUUUAUUAGUAUAUUGAUCUUUGGGAAAUUUUAGAAUCUCAAUUUGCAUUUGUAAGUUGUAACUUAGCUUCACUUUUGUACAUACAGUGGAACGGUUGACUUUUGAGGAAUUCUUUAACCACCCAUUUCUUUCUCAGAGGAGAGCAGAUGAAUCAUUGAGGUAUCUCUUGUAGAAGUUCAGUCUGCUUGACCAUAAUGCAUCUCUCCUCUCAGCUUCUAAAACAAGUUUUGUCAGGGCUCAGAGACCUUCAAGAUUUGCAGAUGGCUUCUCACCGUCUGAUACUAAUUCCCUUGGGAAAAGCAGUCCUCAGGAGGAUUGUCUGCCAUUUUUUCUGGAUGAUGAUUCUAGUGGUCCUGAGGGUAGUCUUGCUUUCUCUACUAGGAACUCAUCAAUCAAGACCACUUAUGGAUUUUCUCUUGACACUAGAGCUGAUGAAAGGGAUGCAAAAUUUAAUGCUUUAAAUAAUGUAGAUAUUACACCUUCAGGGCAUAUCUCUGUCAGAUACCCAUCUGGUAAUUCUAUAGCUAGGCCCACUAUCAAUAAACUUUUGGAUGAAAAUCAAAGUGAAACUUCAAAGACGGCAGCGCCAAGGCCAGUGAGCAGCAUCAGGCCGAGAGGUAACUGAGACAUGUCUAGACCCAUGACUUAUAAUUAUCUUUAUACAAUGCCGUAUUGCUAUCCAGUCGUUGAUUCCUGAUUUCUUACACAUCAUAUGGUUCAUGCAGUCGUGGAUUCUCUAGAGUCGAUUGAUCUUGAUUAUGUUUUGGUUUCUGGACCACCUUUGGAUGUGUCUUCUUCUUUGGCUGGCAAUUCCAAACCUAGCCAGAUACCUUUUAAAUCUGAGAGUGCCCCUCAAACAUCGGGCCAUAUAAUACCUAGACCUAGCGCCCUUGUUCCUUUAGUUGGAACUGGCAAUCCUACUACUCUUGCCCGCAUUGCAAGCAUCGAUAGUCCAGGCUCUGCUCCUCGCACUUCCCAAGGAUCUACAGAUAUAGGACGUUCCCUAGAGCAGCCAUCACCUGACUGCAUGACCAGGAUAAAGUCUUUGAAGCAGUGCGCAUCGACCAUAACUGAACUUGUCCAAGAAAAGGUAACAUAUUCGACAUGUCCUCUAUCAUGGGUAUGUUAGGCUCUGCUUAGUUCAACUGAUAUGAGGUCAUUGGGUGUAGUUGUCGACUGGAGCAAAGAUUAGAAAUGAAAGUGUGCGAACAAAUUAUUGCAAUAAAUACUCUUUUUUGAGCAGUUAUUGAAGUACUUGAUUGGUGUGGAAUUACUUGGUCCCUGAAGCUUAUUGCGUUUUUGAGAAGAGAAACGGGUUGAAUUGGAAAUGAAGAAAAUAAUAGAGUAAAGUAGGGUCCAUAUGAUUUUAAAAUUAGAUGUUAAAGAUAAAAGUUGGUUAUUUGAUUAACUGAUGCCCACUGGUCGGAAUCAAGUGUAUAGUCUAUGGAAAUCACAAGACUUUACCGUGACUCCGUGAGUUCUGAAUUAUGUGAGGUCUUUCCUUAAAAGUAUAGUACUGCUUUCUUAUCAGCACUUAGUUGUUGAAUAGAUCGAGGCUGGCAGACAUUUGGAAGCUUUCUCAAUCCAACUUGUCAUACUUGCAAUUUGGAAGCAAGCCUUGCAUAUAUGCCAUGCUCAGGCUGCUUCAGCCAUUGAAGGAAGUCCAAGCCAGGAAAACAUAAGAUUGAUGAGGAGAAGCAGCAGUAAGAUUAAACAUGGUACAUCAGAGAUGGAAUGUUGUUCUGAUGAUAUUGGGCCGGAGAUAAACACCACUCAUAUUGAGAGAGAUUUUCUUCGGGAGGUUGAGCAUGCCGAGGAACUUGCCAAUGCUAUUGAACCUGGGAGUACAGAGAUGCCAGAUGCACUGGAGACUAUUUUCCAGUCUGCCCUCACUCUUGGAAGAAAUGGAGGGGUAGAUGAGCUAAUGGGAGAAAUGGAAAGCGCAAGUUUGUUAUACUCCAAAGCAGUAAGGUUGUUAAGGUUCCUUCUUGUGGAGGCACCUUCUCUCAUUCUGAACCCUCCAUUUUCACUCACGAACUCAGACCGGUUCAGGCUUCGCAAUUACAUUGAUAUCCUCAACAACAGGCAGGGAUGUUCUCGUUCUCAAAGGAUGGCCCUUGUGAAAUGCGAUUCGGAUCAGCCGUCGUCAUAGAUCAACAACAACAGAAAAACAAGUUCUCACAUUUUUCUCUCCUCUCUUGGACUGACCCCUGUUCUUUGCCAUUUGUAAAUGAUUUGUUUGUACAGGCAGCCAUUAUUCUUUUCAGGUGGAAGUAGGGAACUCAUGAUACGUGAUUCAGCAGAAUUCUCGAUUCUUUUGGAGGUGGGGAGGAUGUUGUGUAAUAUGUACAUACAAACGCUGGUUCGUGAAAGCGUGUGAUGAUGAAGGGAAAAAAAGUAAGAUAUGAGAGAAAAGAUAGAGGAAGAAAGACCUGCACAUGAAAGACUCAUGCAAAAUUGGUUUGUGUUGGUUAUGGUUGUGGGAAGAGAUGAUUGUCGAAAAUGAAGGCGAUCAAAGUUAAAUCGCUUCUCACUACAAGGUUAGGGUUGGUGCAUCUGUUUUUCCAUGAGACUAGGGUUGGUGCAACGGUUGACAAAAGUGAUCAUACUUAAUCUUAAUCUUGUGGUCAAACGCGAUCAAUAUUGGGCAUGAGGCUAGGGUUGGGUAAUUAGCAUAAACGGUCACAAACCUAUUCACUUUGUACGAAACGAUCACAAACCUUUUAUUUUGUACGAUUAAGUAACAUACGUUUGAGAGAAUAACGAAAUGGUCAUUCUGUCCAUAUCCAUCCAGAAAAACCAUUAAUUUUGUCUAGUCAACAUGACACGUCACUUAAAAUAUUAAUAACAAAUUCGAUGACCAAACCCAAUUGAACCGGACUGCCCAACCGAAAGCCAUAACUCUAUACCAGAGCGAAUCAACGAAGGGACACCUCCCAGGUCACGCCGCCGAUAGCCAAAAACCAUUGAAGGGUUGCCGAUAGCUUCUCCGGGUCGCGUCGCCAGCCGAAACCAACGAAGGGUCGCGACCUUUUUCCCCUGUUAAAAUCGAAUCUCCCAGCUGAAUUGUCUAUUGCUUUCGCUAAUGGUUUCCCGGAUGAGCGAUGUAGAUAAUUUCUGGUUUUUUUUUGGUAUUUGAUGGGUGUUUUCUCGAUCAUUGGUAAUUGGUCUGGGAAAACAGAUACGGUGGGCUUGAAUGAGAUUGUGUUAGAAUGGCUUGCUUCAUGAUAAGUUGGGAAUUUUGUUAGCUUCAUAGCUUUAGGUUUCAUAAUGGGAGAACGGUUAAUUGUUGUUAAUUUCUGUUGCAGUGAAAGUGGAGAUUCCGGAGUUCUUGAAUGGAAUAGGGAAAGGUGUUGAGAACCAUGAAGCCAAGAUUGAAAAUGAGAUCGGAGACUUUCAGAAACUUCUCGUUAGUGACGCAACCAGGGCGGCAACCCUUCGUUGGUUUCGGCCUGAGACGCGAUUCGGAGAAGCUAUCGGCGACGGGAGACUGUUCCGCGGGUGCGAUUCUGGGGACGACGGGAGAAGCUAUCGGCGACCCUUUGUUGGUUUUUGGCUAUCGGCCAUGCGUCCUGGGCGGGCAACCCUCCAACAUUUUUUUUAUUAACUAGGGUAGAGAGUUAGGGUUUUUGGUUGAGCUACGGUUCAGUUGGAUUUGGUUAUUAAAUUUUUUAUUAAUAUUUUAAGUGAUGUGGCGUAAUGACUGGACAAAACUAACAGUGUUUUUUAUGGGGAUGGACGGAAUGAUCAUUUCGUUAUUCUCUCAAACGUAUGUUACUAAAACGUGCAAAAUUAG